AUGGAUAAUCACAGAAUAAUCUACUCAGAACUGAAUUUGCCCCCAAACCAGAAGAACCAGGAGAGAAACUCUAAGAGCAAUAAAAGCUCCAUUUUAGUAACUGAACAGGAAAUAACCUAUGUGGAAUUAAGCCUUCAAACUGUUUCUCAGGAUCUUCUAGACAAUGACAAAACUUUCCUCAGCAAAGAUUUAUCAUCAGCUCCAGAGAAGCUCAUUGCUGGCAUUCUGGGAAUUAUCUGUUUGGCAUUAAUAGUGACCAUGGUAACAAUAGUUACUGUUCUUUCUACAGAAACACAGGAGCAGACCAAUUCUUUCCAAAAUGAAAGCAAACAAAAAGCAUAUAAUGGCAGCUGUCCAGAGGAAUGGUUUACAUAUUCCAACAGCUGUUAUUUCAUUGGAAAGGAAACAAAAACUUGGGAUGAGAGUAUGAUGACCUGUGCUUCUAUGAACUCCAAUCUGCUUUAUAUAGAUGAUGAAGAAGAAAUG